AUGGCGGCCCUCACACAAACGCAGACGCGCUCUCACGGCGGUCAUUCCCAUCAUCAUCAUGACAAUACCUACCUCACUUCUACAAACAAAAAUGAUGCCGGGGUGCGGAUAACUCGAAUAGGCCUCUACUCCAAUCUUGGCAUGGCGGUUGCCAAAGGAGUAGGAGGAUACGUUUUCAAUUCGCAGUCCAUGAUUGCAGAUGCAUGGCAUAGCUUGACGGACUUGGCCAGUGACAUUUUGACACUGGCCACGGUGUCAUGGAGCUUGAAGCCACCUACCGCAAAAUUUCCUACUGGCUUCGGAAAGGUGGAGAGUUUGGGGUCUCUGGGAGUCAGUGGCAUGCUUCUGUUCGGAGGAUGCUUUAUGUGCCUGAACAGUUGCGAGAUAUUAUACGCACAUUUCUUCCUCGAUGCACAUGCUGCUGCCGAAGCAGCCAUGCACUCCCACGGCCAUAGUCAUAGCCAUGCAGCCAUCGGGCCCAGUCUGCAUGCUGCCUGGCUUGCCGCUGGAACAGUCAUUUUGAAGGAGUGGCUGUAUCAAGCAACAAUGAAAGUUGCGAAGGAACGAAAAUCAUCAGUUCUAGCUUCCAAUGCGAUCCAUCAUCGAGUCGAUUCUCUUACCGGGAUCGUUACCUUGUUUGCCAUUUUAGGGGCUAAUUUCCUACAUGAAGCUGCAUGGCUAGAUCCAGUAGGGGGUUUCUUGAUCUCACUGCUUGUUAUUAAGGCCGGCUGGGGCAAUACCGUCUCGGCGCUAUACGAACUGGCAGAUAAGGGAAUCGACAGCGAAGUCAAAGCCUCAGUUACAAGAGCCGUUGAGAAAAGUCUUGUCAACCUGAAGGAAGGAUCAGAAGUUGAAUUGCGGGAAGUCGAGGGUGUAAAGUCCGGUCAGAAUUAUCUCGUCGACCUGCAGCUUGCCGUUCCAAGAUCCUGGACAGUCGAAGAUGUGCGCGAGGUCGAGGAGGGGGUCAGACAGAUGGUUGGCUCAAAAGUACGGGGCGUUCGCAGAGUCAAGGUUAGAUUCGUUCCAAAAGAGGCUGCGGAGACGUCCCUGUUCGAUGAAUUCAUCCCGGGAGAUGUGAGCCCACGAUCGAGCCCGGAACCAGAGGAGAAUGAUCACGAUCACGCAAGCACAAACGGAAAUGGCAAGAAGCACCAAUAG